AUGACGAAGCUGCACCUCCUUAUUCUUCUUGCACCAUGGCUUGCGCAGGCAGCGAGCAAAAUCUAUACAGGCUUCAACUACGGCUCCUUCUGGGGCGUGGAAGCCAACGUCAAGCAGAAAGCCGACUUCCUUGACGGCUUCACUCUAGCCAAGAACCUUAGUGCCCACACCCGUUUCGAUAGUGCACGCUUGUUCACGUGUAGGGCAGGCGGUACUUUGAACGAACCUACUGGAGCCUUCGACGCUGCUGUGGAGGCGAAGACGAACCUCCUGCUCGGAUUCUGGAUUACACCUGGAAACAGAGGCGACGCACCCGAUGAGAACGUUAAGAAUGAGAUGACCGCACUCGAAAAAGGUUUCCAAAAGCAUGGCCAGGCCCUUGCUGACCUUGUCAUUGGACUUUCCGUGGGAAAUGAAGACAUAUACCGCUGGAAGGACACCGCUGAGUCAGGCGUUGCAGAAGAUGUAGUCUCACAAACCAUCGACAAGGUCAAGAAAGCUAUCGCUGCUUCAUCCUUUGCGGCCUACAUGAAAGACAAACCGAUCGGCCAUGUAGAUACAGCGAAGCACGCUGUAGUAAAAAAUGCAGACUUCAUCGGUAUGACCGCAUAUCCAUAUUGGAACAAGGAAAGCAUUGGAGAUGCACGAAUAAGCUUUCACGGCUCCUUGGAAAAUGUGAAACAGCGCGCUGGUAACACUCCUGUCUGGAUCGCCGAGAUGGGCUGGCCCUUUAACGGUCCUCAAAUAGGGGCUGGAGUUGCAAGCGCGGAGAAUGUCCAGAAGUUCUGGACGGAGGUCGGGUGUUCUGUCUUCGGUCUGUACACCACGUUCUGGUUCGAGCUUCUGAAAGACUCUACGGCUGAUCAACCUGACUGGGGUCUUAUCGAUGCCGCUUCGCGACAGCCUCGCAUCAAGGAUUUGAGUUGUCCUGGAGCCUUUCCAGGUGUAUCUGCUUCUACACCUGCCAACUCGUACCUACCCCCUACCCCCGCUCCGACAGAUCAACCAAGCUCGACUACAUUGGCCACGUCUCCGAGUCAAAGUGUGGCGCCCAUGCCGCCUUCUUCAAACCAGCCAUCGGUGGGGACCCUUAUGCCUGAUGUCCCGUCAACCGCCAACUCAACCAGCAAAGUAGCUGGUACGACGCACAUUACUACUACAGUCUCCAUCACAGUACGACCAGCGCCUCCAACACCCAUACAAUUGUCAGGUGCUGUCGAAAUCAUGACCGAGAUAAUCACCGUGACAAUUACUAGUACUCACUACAACAAACGCACCCCAUCGCCCAGUCAAACACCGAUCCCCAACGACCGCCCGUGGUGCGUCACGGUCGUCGAUCUUGACAGAAAUGGCAACCUCGUAACAGUUGCCGGCGGCCCAGCUGGUUCUGACGGCAAAUGCAGCACACCCUCCACAUACAAUGGGUUUCCGUACAUAACGUCUGGUACACCCGUCGAGCCAACCCAUGUACCAAUUGGCAGCCCAUGGUGCGUCACUAUGGCCGAUGUCGAUCGUAAUGGUCGCCCUUUGCCUGUGGCUGCAGGCCCAGCCGGAGCCGAUAGCAAGUGUCGGACUGCGCCGACGCAUACCGGGUGGCCAUAUGUGGGUUCGCAGACUACGGUCGUGUCGAAUAUGCCAGAGAAGUCAACCGAUGCACCAGCCCUUGCAUCAUUGCCACCAUCGCCAGUACCGCCUGUAUCUCCGAGCAGUGAAGCCGUUGUCAGCUCUACCACACUUGCGGUCUCAACCUCUAUGCAACCAGAGCAAUCAUUUUCUUCCUCGGUACAUCCUUACUGCCAGCGUAAAUUAAGUGGAUCAUCACAGUCAUCAGCAGCCCUCCCUCCUUCAGUCCCCCCAGCUCAUCCACUAUUACCAAGCCAUACAUCGGCCAUCGUGCCCACCACGUCUUCAAGAGCGAUGAAUGAUGCAAAUCUUCCAGCAUUUAGUUUUCCGCGUCCUCCUACGACUCCUAAACAGAGAAGAUGGUUGUGGUUUCUCAGAGCCAGGGAGGUGCGGGGUAGAGAGAUCUGA